CUGCGUCUUCCCGCAGACCCAAUUACGGUUACAAGGAUGAGGAUAAUAAUUCCUCUGACAUUCCUAUGUGUGUUUUGCUUGAACCCAAGGAUAUCGAUUUUGGCCAACCACGAAGAAUGUCCUACUGGAUGUUCCUGUAUCAGACAGACCAUCAACUGUCGAAAAACAGGGAUGAGCACGGUGCCUCGUCUACCCAGAUAUGUACCUGAUCCCGAGGGAGGUGCUUUGCAGUUUCUACAGAUAAGUCAAAAUCCAAUGAUCCGUUUGGAACGAGCUGCAUUCGAAGGACUACAAGAUCUGUUGCGAAUCGAGCUCUCGUUCAAUCAACUGGUGUGGAUUUCCAAAGAGGCAUUCAUUGGUCUACAACGCCUACGUAGCCUUUCGUUGAGAGGGAAUCGAAUAGCGUAUCUGCCACAUGAUGUAUUUACACCAGUAUUUGUUCUGGAAGAUUUAGAUCUGUCCAGAAAUGAACUGACUAGCUUGCCGUUCUCACUAGAGGGUUUGGUUUAUCUGAAACGUUUGUCAUUAUUUGCCAAUCCCCUUCACUGUCCUUGUGAACUCGUUGACUUUUCACUAUCCCUGAUUCAUUUGGAACCGGUUCGGAGUCGUGCGACUUGUCAGAGUCCUCCCGAAGUGGCUCAUACAGGGGUAGCUGAACUUGCAAAGCGAUUGAUUUCUACCGUUCGGAGCACUCGCCUAAGGGGUUAUCAGGCCCUUCGGGAAUCUGAGAAAGACGAUCACAUUCGACGACUACCAUAUUCACCUCAUCCAGGUGAACUACAGCACAAAUGGCCUUGGCCUCACUGUCCAGUGCAAGAUAUUGGAGGAUUGGAACCACAUUCACUACAAGAACCAAUAGAAGAUGAGCUCGAACUGAAACCAAUAACGGAUGCUUACCUGACAUAUCCAGAGCAACCAGUCGAAGUUGUCAAGUGGAGAGAUAUUCCGCGGAAUAUGGAAGUUGUGGCUGGUGAUAUGGCGAGAUUCAUUUGUGGAGCCGACGGGCCAAAGGAUAUUCAAAUAAGCUGGCUGUUACCGGAAAACGCUACAACGCAUAUCCGUCUGCACAGAAGAAGACAGAUAUUAGAAAUAUUCGAAGCCCACGCUUAUCACGAAGGGACGUAUACCUGUGUGGUUUCCAGUAAACACGGACAGCAUUUGUUCUCAGAUGCUACGCUGCGUCUAAUAGAUCCGGUGAAACCACGAAUCAUAGAUGCUCCACCAGCCGACCAUAAUACGAUUGUGGAGGGUGCUGAUUUGGAACUUCGUUGUUCCGCUUACGGACGUCCGCGGCCCAGAAUUUCUUGGUUGUGGCAGGAAGACACUCUGCCUCUACACUUGGUUACUGGAGGUCGAUAUGUGGUUCGCGAAGUUACCUCAGGGCUAGAAAGUCUACGUCCAGAUACCUCAUCCAUUUACUCAACAAAUGAAUACCUGAGGGCUGCUGUAGAAGCAACUGAAACCAACAGCUUUCUUUUGAUCAGAAAUGUCACAAAACGGGAUGCGCAUGGUCGCUACGUAUGCUAUGCCUCAAAUCGCGUUGGCUCAGCCAGAGUAACAACAGUCAUCCGCGUGGUUUCACCUGAUGAAUUACCCCCUUCAUCAACAAUGAAAGUUUCAACGCGUGAGGUCGAGCUUCAGGAAAAUUCUUCUUUGACGGGAGAUGACCUUGUACGUCACGUGAUCGACAAGGCCCGGAUACGGAUCGAAGCCGCGAUUAAAAGGACAGCUGAACGUCUUAGAGAUCCAAAUAGGCGACGAUCUUCGGCUGACGUUGCUUCGCUUUUUCGUCAGCCAAGUCGCGCAGCGCUGGAAUUAGCAAAAGCUGCUGAAGUUUAUGAAGCGGCCAUUGACGAAGUUACCAGCAUACUUCGUCAGCGAAAUCAGCAAAGGCUUGAAACAUCUAGCAUCGAUCAGCUGCCAGAGCUGAACCCGGACGAAGAAUUAGAACCACAUACAAGGGAGGCUUUGGGAACUCAGUUGAGUGCGGAUCAACUGGCUAUCAUCUCCCAACUUUCAGGCUGUCAACAGUCCAGCAACAUUGAUCCGUGCUCUCAUCAACUGUGUUUUCAUUUGCGAUAUAGGUCAGUUGACGGCGCCUGCAACAACUUUAAUCAUCCACGAUGGGGUGCAGCUCUGGUUCCUUUCAAACGCCUCCUUCCCCCGCAAUACGAAAAUGGCGUGAAUACACCGAUCGGGUGGACACCAACGCGGCUUUAUUUCGGAUACCCCAAGCCCUCGGCUCGCAUAGUUUCAGUGGCCUUAUUGGGAAAUGCAACUCUGAUUGGAAGACACACAACCAGAUUACGACAAAUGGUCGAGUGGGAAGAGCAGCGGGCUCAACAGAAAGAAUAUUACAAGAAUAUGUCAACUACUGAUGAUGAAUCUUCCUCAAACUCACUGAAACGUCGGUUCGAACUGGCAAGAAACAACACACAAGAAUUCGAGCGCAAAUAUGGUCAAUUCUUUGAUGAAGAUGACAAAUACUCUGGAAUGCUGAUGCAGUGGGGACAAUUCUUGGAUCAUGACUUAGAUUUCACUCCCGUUGAUGCUUCGAUUAGUCGUUUCAGUGAUGGACUGAACUGCAACGACACAUGUGUUAACGACCCUCCAUGUUUUCCUAUUCUGGUGCCCCCUGACGAUCCGAGAAUUAAGCACCGUUGUAUCGGAUUUGCACGCUCUAGUGCUACCUGUGGAUCCGGAUCGACCUCAAUCCUCCUCGGAAGACCGCAUCAUCGGGAGCAGCUUAAUCAAAUUACAUCAUUCCUUGAUGCGUCAAAUGUGUAUGGAAGUGAGGAAUUUGAAAAUGGCCAACUGCGUGAAAACUUACAUGAUGAGGGGAAAUUACGAACCGGAAUGCCUACGUUUGCUGGGAAGCGAUUGAUGCCUUUCAAUAUCCGCGGUCAGGUAGAUUGCCAAGCAGACCCGCAACAAGAUUUCGUACCGUGCUUCAAGGCUGGUGACCAUCGAAGUAACGAGAACCUCGGACUCUUAUCAAUGCAUACGUUAUGGGUGCGCGAACAUAAUCGACUUGCGGACGGCUUACGGAGCUUGAAUCCCGACUGGUCUGGUGAUAGGAUUUACCAAGAGGUGCGCAAAAUUGUGGGAGCAAGCAUGCAGGCGAUUACCUACCAGGUCUGGUUGCCCAUCAUUUUGGGCCCUGAAGGGAUGAAACUGUUGGGUACCUAUACUACAUACGAUGAUCAAGUCAAUCCCACAAUUAGUAAUGAGUUCGCCACAGCUGCAAUGCGGUUUGGUCACACUCUGGUGUCUCCUAUUGUGUUCCGCUUAGAUGAGAAUUGGCAAGCCAUUCCUGAGGGUCACCUGCCUCUUCAUCAAGCGUUUUUUGCUCCUGACCGGAUGCUCAAAGAUGGUGGUAUGGACCCAAUUAUACGUGGACUCAUGUUCAACGGAGUGCGCGACAGGAGCAGAAAUCCUCCACUCAACGCAGAGCUUACUGAACGUUUGUUUGCAAUGGCGCACGAACUUGCAUUGGAUUUGGCCGCGCUGAAUGUCCAGCGAGGGAGGGAUCAUGGGUUACCUGGUUAUACGGAGUACGCUCAUAGGUUUUGUGGACUUGGUAGUUCACCCCAUCCAGAUUCCUUCGAUGAUCUGUCAGCACGUAUUUCGAAUGCGGAUACACGGGAAAAGCUUCGCCAAGUUUACGGACAUCCAGGAAAUAUUGACUUGUUUACUGGAGGCAUUUUGGAAGACUUACUGCCUGAGGCCCGUGUUGGGCCAACGUUUGCAUGUAUCAUCGCCGACCAGUUUAAACGUCUUCGUGAUGGCGAUCGCUUUUGGUACGAGCACAGAGGCGUCUUCACUCAUGCUCAGCUGGCAGAGUUAAAGAAGGCUGGGUCAAGUCUAGCAAGGGUGAUUUGCGAAAAUGCAGACAACAUCACUGAGGUCCCCAAAAAUGCAUUCUUACGUCCAAUGAAACCAGAUGACAUUAUUCCCUGCGAAAAAGUUCUGAAACUGAAUCUCGCCGCCUGGGUGGAUUGUUCACCCACACCUUUCGAUAGUAAUCGUAUUGAACCAGCUGGCAUUCGCAGACGGCGGAGUGUUUUGCUUGAAGAUGAUCACCAGACCACGGAAACACCUUCCUGUCCGAUGCGGAAAGAAUACACUAUAGGUCGAAUUGAAAAACUGACUCAACAGUUACAAGAACUCGAAAAACAGGUCAAUCAGCUGACAAGUAAUUUGCUACAGUUAAGGCAAAAUAAUACCAGUGUUGCUUACAUACUUGGGGAAAGUUAA